GCCGGGUGACGGUUGAUGGCGCGGGCGGCCGCGGGGCAGCACGAGCCGCUGGGGCGGCGGCGGCGGGGAGGGGGCGGGGAGGGGGAGCUGGAGCCCAGACCCACCGUCGGCUCCGUCCAGAGUCCAGUGGGUGCAUCAUACAUCCCCACAGACGAAGAAAGGAGAAUCUUCAAGGAAUGCAAUAAGGAGAGCUUCUACUAUAGGUCACUGCCUUUUUCUGGGAUGAGCAUGCUGGUAACUCAAGUUCUCGUUUCUCGAGGUAUCCUUUCUACUUCAAAUAGAUUUGGAUCCAUACCUAAGGUUGCAUUUGCUGGUGUUUGCGGUUACCUGAUAGGCAAGAUUUCCUAUAUGAGAACAUGCCAAGAGAAGUUCAUGGGACUGGAGAAUUCACCUCUCGGAGAAGCUCUACGGCAAGGGCGUAAAAGAUUUUCACAUCAACAUUCAUAUCCAAAGCCUGACUUUUCGGAGAGCACUGGAGAACACCAAGCAUUAUCAUCUCCUUCAACUUUCCAACAUGACAUGAAUAGCCCUUCUUCCUCUGAUUACAAUUACGCAAGUUUCUCCCCAGAGCUGAACUCUAAGUCUGUUCCAUUCAGUUCUACACAAAGUGAGUCGGCUCCAACAGGGAUUGCCGAUGUUCCAGCACCUGAUCUAGAGAGUGAAGAAUCAAAACCUCAAAGGAAGCCAAUGUCAUACGAUGAAUUGAGAAACAAAAAUAGGGAACAAUACGACGUUAUCAACACACAAAAGGCAGACUCGUUGAACAGACCAACACCACAGAGAAUACCUAGCAACAAAGCUAAAACCAAUAAAUAUGGAGAUGCCUGGGAUGAAUAAGGAACACUAUCAACAAGAAGCUAGUAAAUAAACCCAGAUAUGGUUUCAUGCAUUUGUUACCACUGUAGUCUUCAACAUAAUUUAAUUUCAAAAGCUGGACUGUUUUUAAAAAGAUUGACUCGAGACGGAUGAGAUUUCAAAACAAGCUAUCUAUAUUGAAAUGGAUUUCAUUGCAUCUGACAACUGUGGUAAAUCUAAGCUGGUAAUGCUGCUUGUCAGUCAAAGACAUAUAUUAUGUUUCUUAUUAUAAGAAUUAUGAUCAUUAGAAAUGCCACACAAUCAUUACCUGCAAUAAUUUCUCAAUGUAACAGUUUUCCAUGGGGAAAAUGUUUCAAAAUAAAAUCUUUCAUUAGCA